AUGUUCUCCAUCCAGGACAGCCUCCCCCGGGGGGCCCUGACCAUGAAGGAGGAGCCGCUCCCCACCGGCAUGACCCCGGUCCGCUCCUGGAUGCAGGGCGCAGGGAUUUUGGACGCCAACACAGCGGCCCAGAGCGGCGUGGGUUUAGCCCGAGCUCACUUUGAGAAGCAGCCUCCGUCCAACCUGAGGAAGUCCAACUUCUUCCACUUCGUGCUGGCGCUGUACGACAGACAGGGUCAGCCGGUCGAGAUCGAGAGGACUUCCUACGUAGACUUUGUGGAGAAAGACAAGGAGUACAACGGAGAGAAGACCAACAACGGGAUCCACUACAGGCUACAGCUCCUCUACAGCAACGGCAUCAGGACAGAACAGGAUCUGUACGUCCGGCUGAUCGACUCCAUGACCAAACAGCCCAUCCUGUAUGAAGGUCAGGACAAGAACCCGGAGAUGUGUCGCGUCCUCCUCACCCACGAGAUCAUGUGCAGUCGGUGUUGUGACAAGAAGAGCUGCGGGAAUCGCAACGAGACGCCGUCUGACCCCGUCAUCAUCGACAGAUUCUUCCUCAAGUUCUUCCUCAAGUGCAAUCAGAACUGUUUGAAAAAUGCGGGGAACCCUCGAGACAUGAGGAGGUUCCAGGUGGUGGUUUCCACUACGGUCAACGUGGACGGCCACGUGUUGGCGGUGUCAGACAACAUGUUCGUCCACAACAACUCCAAACACGGCCGCCGCGCCCGACGCCUGGACCCCUCCGAAGCCACGCCCUGCAUCAAAGCCAUCAGCCCGAGUGAGGGCUGGACGACCGGCGGCGCCACUGUCAUCCUCAUCGGGGACAACUUCUUCGAUGGCCUGCAGGUGGUCUUCGGCACCAUGCUGGUCUGGAGCGAGCUCAUCACCCCUCACGCCAUCCGGGUCCAGACCCCCCCUCGCCACAUCCCCGGGGUCGUGGAGGUCACGCUGUCCUACAAAUCCAAACAGUUCUGCAAAGGAGCGCCGGGACGCUUCGUCUACACCGCCUUGAACGAGCCCACCAUCGACUACGGCUUCCAGAGGCUACAGAAGGUCAUCCCCCGCCACCCCGGGGACCCCGAGAGGUUACCUAAGGAGGUGCUGUUGAAGCGAGCAGCUGACCUGGUGGAGGCUCUCUAUGGGAUGCCACACAACAACCAGGAGAUCAUCCUGAAGCGAGCGGCCGACCUCACCGAGGCGCUCUACAGCGUCCCCCGCAGUCACAACCAGCUGCCGUCUCUCACCGGCUCCGCCGCUCACUCGGGGAUGAUGGGCGUGAACUCCUUCAGCAGUCAGCUCGCCGUCAACAUCUCCGAGGCCUCGCAGGCCGACCAGGUGGGUUACUCCCGCAACUCGAACAGCGUGUCCCCUCGCGGCUACGUGCCGAGUUCCACGCCACAGCAGUCCAACUACAACACCAUCACGUCCACCAUGAACGGAUACGGGGCGGGGAUGACCAACCUGGGCGUGCCCGGAUCCCCCAGCUUCCUCAACGGCUCCACCAACUCUGCUUACGGACCCAUCCCCUCCUCAUCCUCCUCUUCAUCCUCCUCCUGCACUCCUCCUCUCUCUUCCUCUGCUCCCAUAGGCCCUUAUUCAUUCUCUCCUGUCCAUAUGGUUUCUGCAGUCAAACAGAAGAGCGCCUUCGCCCCUGUCGUGCGGCCACAGACCUCCCCGCCCCCCACCUGCACCACCACCAAUGGCAGCAACCUCCAGGCCAUGGCCGGUCUCAUCGUCCCGCCCAUGUGA